AUGACCAAACUCUACCUGUGCAAUCAGAACCAUCAAGUCUUGGGGGUGAUGGAUACGUAUUUGAAUUUCCAUCGCCAGAUCGAUCCCGUCGAUGACAAAGACCACCCUCGACACCGCCAACUCCCAGAGCCAGAACCAACGAGGCAGUCAAGAUGGAAGCCCGACGACCAAGCCCGACAUUCAAAUUCCCGCUGGAUAAACGGCGACGCAGAGAAAGGCUUCAACCCUACCUUCCCAUCGCUGCAGGACCUCUCAGACGACUCCCACUCCCACCCCCCUCGCCCGACACGCAACUAUCUCAGCGACAGCCCGCCAUCUCCAUAUCACAUUGGUCGAGAUCAUCCCAGCGAUGAACACCUCAACAAGAUCCGCACCGCAAACUCCAUAACCAUCACCCCCGAACUCUUCGAGAAGAUGUACCUCAGCCCCAAGAACCAAGUCAAGGGCGAUCUUCGUGCCACCUUCGCCAACCCGACCCCUAUCGGCCUCUUGGGCUUCCUCCUCAGUCUCAGUCCGCUGUCGUGCGAGUUGAUGGGCUGGCGAGGCGCGGGUGGGAACGGUAUGGCCACCAUCGCCGUCUACUACUUCAUUGGGGGCUUCUUGAUGAGUCUCGGUGGUAUCCUCGAAUUCUUCCUCGGCAACACCUUCUCCUUCGUCGUCUUCUGUGCUUUUGGUGGUUUCUGGUUUGCCCUUGGUGGCACUCUCACCCCGGCCUUCAACGCCUACGGCGCCUACGUAGAAAACAACCCCGGCACGGAUCCCAACCUCGGCAUAACAUCUGGUCCCUUCCACGCCAGCUUCGCCUUCUUCCUUCUGUUUAUGGGCCUCAUGUCCUUCAUCUUCUUGAUAUGCGCGUUACGGACGAAUCUAGUCUUCAUCGCCAUAUUCUUCGGGCUAAUGAUGACAUUCGUCGUGCUUACGGGUUCCUAUUGGCACCUAGCAGCAGGCAACUUAGACCUAGCAGAGAAACUGCAGGUGGCUAGCGGAGCCUUUGGCUUCCUGGCUGUCAUGGCUGGGUGGUGGAUUUUCUUUGCCCAGAUGCUUGCGAGUGUUGAUUUUCCUUUUGAGAUUCCCGUGGGUGACAUUAGCCAUUUUAUUAAGCCGAUGAGCGAGGUGAAGGCGGCGAAGAACAAGUAUCCUCAGCAUGGCCGUUAA